AGAGAGAAUCAUGUAGCAGAACUCCGUGACAUCCAUUUAAUAAUUUGCUGUCUUUAAUGAAACUGGAUAAUUACAGACAGAAGAGUUCGUGGUUUCUGGUUUGCAUAACGGCAGAGGCGGAAUAGACUAUAGUGCAGGUGAAAAGUGUCAAGUCCCUUGCAAGGCUUUGCUCUGUAAAAAAGAAGAAAUGAGUCCUGCAAAUGAUGAUGCAGUGUUUGAGACCAUUUUUGACUGGGACUAUCUCUUAUGGGAAGUUCGUUUGUCAUUUAUAGCUGCUGGGUUUUUAAUCUACUCGGGAAUAUUUCUUCUGUCUCACUGGUUGUCUUCACUGAUAAGUACCACUUAUCGUGCCUUGUAUGCAAAGGAGAAGGUGUUUUGGAAUAUGGCAGUCACACGUGGUGUGUUUGGACUUCAGAGCUGUGUUGCUGGUUUAUGGGCUUUGCUCAUAGAUCCUGUUUUUCAUGCUGACAAAGUACAUUCACAGCAAAAUUGGAGUUGGUUUAACUGUUUAAUAGCUGCUGGAUUUUUCUUGCUUGAAAAUGUAGCUGUUCAUAUGUCCAACAUUAUUUUUAGAACAUUUGAUGUGUUCUUGGUAGUUCAUCACUUGCUUGCUUUUGGUGGCUUGGCUGGUCUAGUGAUUAAUGUGAAAUCUGGACAUUAUCUGCCUUUGAUGGGAAUGUUGCUGGAGAUGAGCACUCCCUCAACGUGCAUUUCCUGGAUGCUUCUAAAGGCUGGCUGUGCUAACACCUUUUUCUGGAAGGCAAACCAGUGGGUGAUGAUCCACCUGUUUCACUGCCGCAUGAUUCUUACUUACCACAUGUGGUGGGUGUGUAUUUUCAAUUGGAAUUCUGUGAUGGAAAAUUUGGGACUUCUUCAUUUUAUUGUUUUAUUCUCCGGAUUAUUUGCCGUUACACUAAUACUUAACCCAUACUGGACGUACAAAAAAACUCAGCAACUCCUCAGCCCAACUGACUGGAACUUUGAAAAUAAAACAAUGGAAAAUGGAAGAUUAAAUGGUGAAACACAUCAAAAGAAGAGGAUAUAACACUGAAACAGCUGUAUCCUAUAGGGCAGCGGAAGAAUACAAUGCAAAUUAAUUCUUUGCCUGUGAACUAGAAGCUUUUGCAAGAAGCUCAUUAACACAGUGAUUCCUUGCUGGUAAUAUUCUUUAUGCACCAGAAGUAUUUAAAGCAUUGUUUAUUUUUCGUAUGUGCAUAUACAUAAGGUCUUCAACCUCUUAGUUAUAAAUUAUACCAACAAUUUUGUCAGGUUGGACAGUUAUUUCAUGAUUUAGUAGUGACAUGCUCUCUAAUGGCACCCUGUGUCCUAAUGAUUCAAAGUGGCUUUACAGUAAAUUUGUUUUUUAAGCUCAUCUUGAAACAAGUUUAGCUUGAAUCCAAUUUCAUAUAUGUUGGAGAUAGUGAUACUGGAAAUUAUGUUGUUUAUUAAGAGAGGUAUGCAUGGGUACCUUGUUCCUUUCUGCCAUUAAAUCAUUCCAAGUGGUUGAAUUGAUCAGAGGUAGAAUGCAGUCAGGGCUAGGUUUUGGGGUGGUUUGGGGUUUUUUUGUUUGUUUGGUUUUUUUUUUUUCUUUUAAGUGCACUUGAGGAAGAUAAUUGUUUGAGUGCUCACUGUCAAAGUGAGUUGUAGUUUCUAGCUUGCUCUCAUGGGAAGCGUUUCCAUCCACCACAGGUCUGCGUGUGGGGUUGCAGACAUUUGUUACACUGGUGGUCUAGCUAGGUAAUCAUGGUGGUCACUUCUGGACUUGAAAUCAUUGAAGUGCAAGCAGCAAUGACAGAAUGUUUGACUCUGUUUCAUCGUGGAAAAGAUUGCUGGUUGAUUAGUAAAAUAAUUUUCUUUGUAGGUCUGACAUAAGCAGUUGUGCAGUUGGUUCCACUAGUGUGCUACGAUUCAUCUUAUUUUUGGAAAUUCUCUUAGUUAUAGAGGAUUUUAGAAGCUGAGGUGACUCCUCUGUGAAGGAAAGCCUGUAUCAUCUCCUUUAGGAGUUCAGUUGUUCUUUUAGUAUUUUUAUUUUACUUAAAAGAACAUACAGAAUGACGCUAACAAUCCUUUGCACUUUAUCUGCCACAUCACUUCCCUUGACCUAAGGAAUAGGGUUGCUUUUUUUAAAUAGAGGCUUGACAAAUUGUGGUGAACAUCCUUCUACUACUAGUAUUGGUCUGAUGGUUCCUGGAUGAAAUCUUGUACAGCGUGUGAAGGAAUAAAGGUCGCAAUAGAAAAGGGUGACACCUAGUGGCAGGAGAAUGGCAAAAGUAUUAAUUUUGGUGUACGGAGCUAGUGGGAUAAAAAGCCUGUCCUUUGGACCUUUGUUGUAUAGUGUGACGACACUGCUACACAGAUUUAUUUUUCAAAGUAGUAAGACUGGGCAAGCCCAAGCUGUGAAGAAUUUUAGGUCAAGGCAUGUGUUAGAGGCUUUGUGUACUGAUCUGUGGUGUAACAUACUGUUUUAAAUGUGUAAGGGAAGCACUGUUUGGUGUAAAAAACCCCAUUUUAAUUAAUUUUUGGUGGGAAUGUCUUUGAUUUUGUUGUGAGUGAAGGGAGGAAACUAGUAGUCAGUUGCUAUACUCCCUAUUACACUUUGUGUGAGCACAGAGUUAAAAGAGCUGCUGUGUGAGGGAAACUUACUACUGUUAGGUCACAAAUGUAUAGCCAGAUCUUGUUGAUAUGAUGAAGUGGUGAUUAUCUAAAAUCACCUGUUAAAAACGGGGCUUAGAGGGUCAUAGGAGUUUUACACGGCAACUCUAUCUGUUAUCCUGAUGAUAUUCAAUACAGAAAAUCUAAAUUUUUUGCUAUCUUCUUAUUUUGAAGCAGACCAGUGUGAAGUUGCAGUGUGUUAGCAGUGUCACCUGUCUUGGACACCAUUUUAGAGAAAAGAGGAUUCUCUACAGCUUGAAAUUACUUUGCUCUCCUGAGGGGUUGUAUGUGGGAGAGUAAUAAAGUACUUUAGAAGAAAACAGAGGGAUGAAUUCCUCGGAAACAGAAUCCAGAUAUGUGAUCCAAAUGCAUAUCUUGCAGAAUCCAAACCUCACUUGCAGGAAUUCCAGGGGAAGGGAGGCAGAGGAUAAGUCACCUGAUAUCAAAAUGAUGGUGUGUUCUAUGCUGCUUAAAACUUAAAGGUUUGGAAUUGAUAAAACGAGGUAAUUAGUAUAAAAAUCCCAGCAAUAGAAUUCU